CUCACCCAUCUCUCCCACCCACCCUUCAUUUUUUUCAAACAAAGUUAAAGUAGUAACAAUGAAUCCUUCCUUUCCUUCAAAAUCCUUUAUGUAUGUUGUUCUUAUCUUUUGCUUUCUUGGUGCCACCAGAUUGUAUGCAAGUGACCCUUAUCUAACACUGGAUUACUAUGCAUCAAGUUGCCCCACCGUGUUUGACAUUGUUAGGAAAGAAAUGGAAUGUGCAGUGCUUUCUGAUCCCCGCAAUGCAGCCAUGAUAGUUCGGCUACACUUCCAUGACUGCUUUGUUCAGGGCUGCGAUGGAUCAGUUUUGCUUGAUGACACAAUCACACUUAAAGGUGAGAAAAACGCCGCUACCAACAUCCACUCUUUAAAAGGCUUGGGAAUUGUUGAUAAGAUCAAGAACAUAGUUGAAUCAGAGUGCCCUGGAAUUGUUUCUUGCGCUGAUAUUCUCACUAUUGCAGCCAGAGAUGCUGUUAUUCUGGUAGGUGGACCUUACUGGGAUGUUCCUGUGGGAAGGAAGGAUUCUGUCACUGCAAAUUUUGAUCUUGCCAACACCAAUCUUGCCACUCCAGAUGAGAGCCUUCUGUCUAUCAUUGCCAAGUUUCUUUACCAAGGACUAUCUGUCACGGAUAUGGUAGCCCUUGCAGGAGCCCACACCAUUGGCAUGGCACAGUGUAAGAAUUUCCGGUCAAGAAUUUACGGAGACUUUGAAUCAACUUCAAUGAAAAAUCCAAUCUCUGAGAGUCACCUCAGCAACUUAAAAUCUGUUUGUCCACCUAUGGGGGGAGGAGACAAUAACAUAACAGCAAUGGACUACAUGACACCUAAUCUCUUUGACAAUUCUUUCUACCAAUUACUACUAAAUGGGGAGGGACUUCUCAACUCAGACCAAGAAAUGUACUCAAGUGUGUUUGGAAUUGAAACUAGACAGCUUGUGAAGAAGUAUGCAGCAGACCCUCUUGCUUUUUUCCGACAAUUCUCGGAGUCAAUGGUGAAAAUGGGAAAUAUCACAAACUCAGAAAGCUUCUUCACAGGGGAAGUUAGGAAGAACUGCAGAUUUGUGAACACAUAGACUUCAUUUUUGUGUUUUUUGUAUGUUUUGUCUGUUUCCAUACACUAAGAACCACCAAAUUUAUGUGUUUCAGCUAUAGCAAGUUGAUGUUUCAAAUCUAAACUAGCAAUUAUGUAAUGAACAAAUUAAGUGAGAAGUUGUUGAUUUCCUUUUUUACUUCAUAUAAAAGGUAGGUGUUGGGUUUGAUAAUGAAAGUUGUUAAGAGCCAAA